AAGCAGUCAUUCGCCGAGGUGCUAUCCCAACGUUAACCGCCUGCUAGCCAAAGUCAUGGCGCUACUCAAGCAAAGUUGUUGCGUAGCGGGUCGUUUCUCCACAAACCACCUGUGGCUGAGUCCCAGAUGCAUCCCACACGUUUACACCAGCUGCUUAUCAACCAGAUCCUCCCCGGAGAGAAGUGACAGAAAGAAGGGGCUGCUCAGAGACGACGGGCCUGACCUGCAAGACUUUAUUUCAGGAGAAUUAUCUGAAAAAAGCAAGUGGGCUGAGUACAAAGGCACCCUGAAGAGACAGAAGGGAGAGAGGCUGCGGCUUCCUCCAUGGUUGAAGACUGAGAUCCCCAUUGGAAAGAAUUACAACAGGCUGAAGAAUACACUGAGAGAUCUCAACCUUCACACAGUGUGUGAGGAGGCCAGGUGUCCGAACAUCGGGGAAUGCUGGGGAGGAGGAGAGUACGCCACAGCCACAGCCACCAUCAUGCUGAUGGGAGACACGUGCACCCGUGGGUGCAGGUUUUGCUCAGUAAAGACGGCACGUCAGCCGCCGCCUCUUGACCCUGACGAGCCGUACAACACAGCCAAAGCCAUCGCCGCCUGGGGACUGGAUUACGUGGUCCUCACCUCGGUCGACAGAGACGAUAUUGCUGAUGGUGGAGCAGAGCACUUUGCUAAGACGGUUACUAACCUGAAAGAAAGAAAUCCUCAGAUCCUGGUUGAAUGCCUGACUCCUGAUUUCCGUGGAGACCUGGCAGCGGUGGAAAAGAUCGCCCUGUCGGGAUUAGACGUGUACGCCCACAAUGUGGAAACAGUGCGCGAGCUACAAAGGCAUGUACGUGAUCCCAGAGCAAACUUUGAUCAGUCUCUGAGCGUCCUGAAGCACGCUAAAAAGGUCAAACCGACGGUGCUCACCAAGACCUCCAUCAUGCUGGGGCUCGGAGAGACUGACCAACAGAUCAUCAACACUAUGACGGAGUUGCGAGAGGCAGAAGUGGACUGUCUAACACUCGGGCAGUACAUGCAGCCGACCAAACGCCACCUAAAGGUGGAGGAAUAUGUCACUCCAGAGAGGUUUGCCCACUGGGAGAAAGUUGGCAGUGAUAUGGGCUUCACCUACACAGCCAGCGGACCACUGGUGCGAUCCUCCUACAAAGCAGGCGAAUUCUUCUUAAAGAAUCUACUGAAGAAGAGGAAAGCAGAAGCAGCAGAAUGAGGAGCCUGCUGUGUGCGUUCAGCUGUACGCAGUGACAAAAUACGCUUCGUCCGUCUGUAACGUAAUGCACCGAUUUAAAGUGCAGCACAGGAAACCUGCUUAAAUUAGUACAAUGUUUGUGGGAGGCAUUAAAUAAAGCUACAGAAGUGACAAUAACAGACUUGUAAGUACAGGGACCAUACUCUAACUGCUGCUCUGUGUUCCCUGAGAAAAAGCCAGAGGGCUGCAUUUUAAAGAGACGAUCAAAGAACAAACGGACACGUCGGAUAACCCGAGUGUCCACCAACUCGCCCAGCUGUCAGGAGCAGAGGCUGUAAUUUGCUUCCGCUCCUUGGGGAUUCCUAAAUCCCAUCCCUCGUCUCAGUGAACUUUGGAUUUAAAAAAAGCUACUGACCUUUAACAGUGGGCUCUGUUCAUGAUCACCUUCAUGUCUGCUUUAGAACUGAUUUAAUGAAGUCUUGUGAUACAAGAAGCACCAUCCAUCCUGUACAGUGUGUAAGAAAGGUACAAAGCAAGGGCAAUUAGCCUCCCAGCAGGUAAACGGGUGGCAAAAGAUUUUUUUGAUACCCGUGUAUUUGCUGAACAGCCAAUUUGGAAGAAAGUGCACUUUUUCUAGAGUAAAACAGUUUAAAUGUCACAGCUGGACAAGAAAGAUGUUUGUGUUGCACACCGAUCAGUUCAAAUGUACAUUGAUAUUUAUAGAAAUAAAAGUCUUAA